AUGAGCAUCGCAUCAAACUCUAUACCCGGAGUAUCUUCGAAUUCUAGACAAACUAGACGGGUUGCUUCAAAGACGACGGCAACAUGGGCAGUUCGUUUUCUAGUAGGAACAUUAAGAGGAACACGGGCUGCACCAUCGUCAACAUAUUCUCUGCGGAACUAUAGACGCAAUUAUUCAACGCUCCCGGCCAAGCAGAGCUUCGCCGAGGACACUAUAUAUGCUUUAUCUACGGCCCAGGGACGGGCUGGCAUCGCCAUAAUCCGUAUUUCAGGUCCAGCUUGCCUCGACAUCUAUCGGAGCCUCUGCCCAUCCAAGGCGCCGCUCAAGCCCCGUUAUGCCACUCUUCGGACUCUCAUCGACAGUCAUGCGCAAGACGGCCCGAAUGUCCUCGAUUCUGACGCCAUCGUGCUCUACUUUCCGGCCCCGAAGACCGUGACGGGCGAAGAUGUACUGGAACUGCACGUCCACGGCGGCCCAGCCACCAUCAAGGCCGUACUAGCCGCCAUCCCCAAGUGCGCCGAGGGCGUCCGCUACGCCGAACCGGGCGAAUUCACCCGCCGCGCCUUCCUCAACGACCGCCUCGACCUAGCCCAGGUCGAGAGCCUGGCCGACACCCUCUCCGCCGACACGGAGCAGCAACGCCGCGCCGCCGUCCGCGGCACCUCGGGCGCCCUGGGCCGCACCUACGAGUCGUGGCGCGCCCAACUACUGCUGGCGCGCGGCGAGAUCGAGGCCCUGAUCGACUUCUCCGAAGACCAGCACUUCGACGAGCCCCCCGCCGAGCUCCUCCGGAACGUCACCGCCCUCGUGGACGGCAUGCUGCGCGGCAUCCGCCACCACGAGGCCGCCAGCGCGCGCGGGGAGCUGCUGCGCGGCGGCAUCCGCAUCGCCCUCGUGGGCCCGCCCAACGUGGGGAAGAGCUCGCUCAUGAACCUCGUCGUCGGGCGCGAGGCGUCCAUCGUCUCCGUCGAGGCGGGCACCACGCGCGAUAUCGUCGAGGUGAGCCUCGACAUUCGCGGGUACCUGUGCUCCUUCGCCGACACGGCCGGGUUCAGGGGCGGGUCGUCAUCCUCAUCCGGAUCGGGCGCCGCCGAGCCGAUCGGUAUCGUUGAGGAAGAGGGCAUCCGUCGCGCGAAGCAGAAGGCGCUCGAAUCCGACCUUGUCGUCGUGCUGGCCGCCGUCGAGCCGACUGUCGAAGGCGGGUUCGGCAUCGCGUACGACGAAGAGACACUGGAAAUUGCGGCGCAGGCGCCGGAGUCCCUUUUGGUGGUCAACAAGCGGGACGCCGUGGAUGAGACGACGUUCUUUGCCCUUCUUGAGAAGUUCCGUGCCGUCGUACGUGCUCGAGCGCCGGCGCUGGAGAAGACCGAAGUGAUGGCCAUAUCGUGCAAAGAGGCCCAGGCCGGCUCGUCGGUGGACAGUGGCGGCGUGCACGCGUUGACCGACGAACUGGCAGGCUCGUUUGCCGGCAUGACGUCCAUGCCUGCCGACAUGCAAGAUCUUCUGGGUGUCACCGAAAGGCAAAGGCAACUGCUGGAGCAAUGCCGGAACUGGCUCGAGGAGUAUCGCAGGGUGACGCAGCCAUCGGACCAAGCAGAGGAGGAGCCGGACAUUGUACUUGCGGCGGAGUACCUGAGAUAUGCUGCCGACUGUCUCGCCAAGAUCACGGGCCGAGGAGAGUCUGGUGAUGUUGAGGAGGUACUAGGAGUUAUAUUCGAAAAGUAA